CUAGUGUUUGGGUCGCCGCGGUGUAAUCGGUUCAUGAAUUGAUAUCUGUCAGCUGUGCGGAGGGAGGGCUACCAAACUGUCAGAUGGUGUAUAGCAAAGCACAGCGGUAGCAAGAAUAAUUUUAACAAAUAUGUGUUUUUAUUUCCUAUUUCACACGCAUAGGUAAUCGCCGCGCCUAGCUCUAGCUUUAAGACAACAUCGAUCGGUAACCGGAGUGUGUCGGAGCGCACAAUGGGCUCCAGAGACAGGGACACAAAGUCCCUUCACGACAAAUUGAAAGUGUUCUUCAAGAAGGGUGCAACGGCGCCCUUGGCAGCGGCCAACGAGCUGGUAGUGGGCGCGGAGCUGGCGCGCGAUUUGGGUCCGGAAUCGCCGCUGCACCGCCGUCUGCGCGCUAUCAAGGAGGUCGGCGAGAAGGUGCUGCAUAUUCGAGUUCAAGAUGGUGGAGUAGAAAAAAUAUGGUCGUGCAUAAGAGACCUGCUAGAAGACCCAAACAGCGAGGGACGCCAUGCAGCCCUAGGGCUUCUGCGCUGCAUUGCAGAGGGCCAGACAGACCUGCUUAUCAUGCGCACCAUACUCUUCCAAUACCUACAAAGAACUCAUAGCACACACCCUCCUGAAGAUUACCAACUGCGCUUCAAACUACUUUAUGCAUUGACCAAUACUGGAAAGGACAUAAAGUGUUUUGAAGAACUGAUAGGUCCGUUUCUGCUGGAGUGGUUGCCACAGCUGCAGGCGGCGCCGCACAUCGUGGAGUUCGUCAACCUCAUCAUCAACAUCGUGAAGUUCAACGCCGCCUACUUGGACGAAGACAUCGUGCACGGGAUCGUGAACAACGCGUGCCACCUGUGCGUGUACUCGGCGGACGCGGGCGCGGUGCAGGGCUGCCUGGCGCUGCUGGAGGCCGUGGUGUCGUACUCGCUGCUGCCGCGGGCCGCGCUGCCCACGUUCGUGGCGGCGCUGUGCAGGACCGUCAUCGUGGAGGCCUACUGCCAGAACAGCUGGAAGCUGAUGCGCUGCGUGGUGGGCGCCGACCUGGGGCACGCGGCGCUGCAGCAGAUGGUGGAGUUGCUGCGCGCGGCGGGCGGCGACGACGAGGGCGCGGGGCUGGCGCGCGGCGCCGUGUUCUACAUCAACAUGGCGCUGUGGGGCCCGCGCCGCGUGCACACGCUGCACGUGUCCUACCUCGCCGUGCUGCCCGCCUUCCUCAAGGCGCUGGCGGGGCGGCACCAGGUGGUGGCGUACGAGGUGGUGCUGGCGCUGGAGAGCCUGGUGGCGCGCGUGGCGCACGAGCUGCACGAGGUCACGUGGGACCUGCUGCUGGACAUCGUGCGCGCCGUGCUGCAGCUGGACAAGUCGCUGGAGCCGCCCAACGAGCUGAUCCACAGCCGCGUGCACGCGCUCAUCACGGCCAUCGAGCAGCUGCACGACGCGGGCCAGUACCGCGGCGACCCCGAAGCGCUGCUCGACCUCGUGGACUCGUGCGGCCACGACCGCCCCGAGGCGUCGGCCAUGCGGCUGGUGUCGGCGCGGCUGGCGGCGCCGGGCGCGGCGGGCGCGGCGCUGCGCGUGGCGGAGCGCUACGUGCGCCUAGAGCCGCGCCGCGCCGUGCGCCUGCACGCGCUGGCGGCGCUGCUGGCGCACGCGCGCCGCCACCGCGCGCACGACGAGCUGGCCGAGCGCGCGGGCGCCGCGCUGGCCGCCGCCGCCGCCGACGCGGACGCGGCCGUGCGCGCCGGCGCCGCGCGCGCGCUCGCCGAGCUGGCCAAGCACUGCUCCUCCGACGUCUGCGUCGACCUCAUCGACCAGCUGGAGAAGAUCUUGAACCGGCCGUUCGAGGUGUACGCGGCGGACGCGGCGGACGCGGCCGUGCCGGGCGACGCGGACACGGGCGACGUGCGCCACGCGGCCGCCGGCCUGCUGGACGUGCUGCGCGAGCGCCUGCCGCGCGCGCCCGCCGCGCCCGCCGCGCGCGCGCUGCUGGCGCUGCUCGCGCACCUGGAGCGCCACUACCGCCGCCCCGCGCUGCUGCGCGCGCACCCCGCCGUGCGCCGCCCGCUGCUCGACGUGCUGCUCGGCCUGCGCGCCGACGCGCUGCUCGGCGUGGGGCUGGGCGCCGCGCGCUCGCCCUGGCUGCUGGCCGAGCCGCCCGCGCCGCGCGGCGCCGCGCCCGCCGCGCCCGCGCUGCCGCCCGGCGCCUGCCUGCUGCCCGCGGGCCGCGCGGCGCGCGCGCUGGCGGCGGCGCUGGCGGCCGAGGCGGACUGGCCCGUGCUGGCGCACGUGCUGCGCGCGCUGGCGCCGCUGCUGCACGCGCGCGCGCUGGGCGUGGCGCGCCGCGCGCCGGACCUGGACCUGCUGGCCGGCGCGCUGUGCGGCGUGGCGGAGCGCGGCCGCGGCGUGCCCGUGUCCGAGCUGCACGCGGCCGCGCUGCCCGCGCUGGCGGCGCUGGCCUCGUACCACGCCUUCCUGGAGCCGCAGACGCAGCAGCGCAUCGUGCGCUGCCUGCUCAAGUACGGCAUGGUGCUCCGGUCCCCGCAGCCCUACAUCAACGCGCUGACGAUAUUCACGCUCGAGACGCGCGAUACCAUGGUGAAGAUGCUUCCCGAGGUGCUGCUCGAUCUAUCCAAGAUCUCCGACACCAAGGCCAUCGCCAGCCCGAUGCUGGAAUUCCUCUCGACGUUAACGCGCCUCCCGCGAGUGUUCGCGUCUUUCGUCGAGGACCAGUACAUGUCCGUGUUUGCGAUCCUGCUGCCCUACACCAACCCGUCGCGCUACAACCACUACGUGGUGUCGCUGGCGCACCACGUCAUCGCGGCCUGGUUCCUCAAGUGCCGGCUCUCGUACCGCAGGAACUUCGUGCGCUUCAUCAUACACGGCCUGCACAACUACAUAAUCAUGCCGUUCGAGGAGCAGCAGGCGUACAAGAGCAACAACUACCCCGCGGGCCAGGGCGCCGUCAACGAGGACUCCUCCAACCGACAGCGCAGCUCGAGUCUCGGCUCGCGCGCGGUGUCGCGCGCGCCGCUGUCGGGCUCGCGCGGGGCGCCCGCCGCCUUCCACGUGGAGCUGACGGAGACGUGCGUGGACCUGCUGGCGCGCUACGCCUUCACCCCCUGCAGCGUCAAGCCACAGAGGAGCGACACGGCGGAGUUCCUGUUCAACGGCGGCCAGUCCACCACGUGGCUGGUGGGCCACAAGCUGCUCACCAUCACCACGUCGGGCUGCCUGCAGACCUCCAUCAAGCAGGGCUUGUGCGAAAGGUGCGCCACGCUGUGCCGCCAGCACGCGGAGAGCGCCGCCAGCCCGGGGCCCGCGCCCGCGCCGCCGCCCAGCGACGCGUCCGAUGCGCCCGCGCCCACGCUGCAGGUGAACGACGCCGCGGAGGCGCCCGGCAACCACCUGCAGGUGCACGGCAACUCCAACCACGCGCCCGAAGUCAAACGCUACAGCAAGUACUCGCUGCAGCACAGCCGCUCCACGGAGACCUCCUGCUCCUCCCUCUCCAUCUCCGAGCUGCAGCCGCCCUCCAGCGGACACACCACCAGGCAAAACUCUGCGGAAAACAACAAGUCAACGGACCCUAUUAUAGAUGCUCUUAAUCAAUUUACGCAACGCUUUGAGAAGAUGUCCAAAGAAGUGGAACACGACGGCGCGGCGUGGGCGCGCGUGGGCGAGCCGGCGGCGGGCGGCGCGUGUCCGUGCUGGUGCGCGCGCUGGGCCGAGCUGCACGUGCGCUCGCCCACCGGCGACGUGUCCUGGCUGCUGCGCAUGCAGAACCACAUGAGCGAGUCGCAGCUGCAGGAGUGGCCGCUGCAGGACGUGCUGGCGCUGCUGUCGCCGCCGCUCGGCGCGGACCUGUCCGGCGGCGCCGGCGACUCGCGCGCCGACCCGACCUCGGAGGGCUCGCCGCGCAUGUCUCGCUCGGCCUCGCAGCGCUCGCACGCGCCGGACUUGCACAAAUCCAGCUCCGACUCGGUGGUGGGCAGCGACAAGAAGGCGUCGCAGGCGGCGCGCCUGGGCACGCAGCCCAUCAACAUCCCCGGCUCGCCGCAGCGCCAGAGCUCGUCCAGCACCACGGACGACGACGACAUGCUGCUCAUCGUGCCCGAGGGCAAGUCGCGGCACCCCGUGCGCCGCUCCAACUCGUCGCCCGAGAUGUCGUCGUCGUGGAAGGGCGCGGCGCGCGAGGCGGCGCCCGACGGCGAGCUGUCGGCGGACGCGGACGACCUGAUCCUGCUGCCCAGCUGCGAGCCCACGAGCGCGCCCAUGGCGCUGCACGCGUCCAAGAAGGCCAACAAGAAGAGCGACAUGCGCGUGUCGUGCGAGGCCAUCCCCGAGGAGAUGUGCGGCACCAGCCCGCAGCCCGCGCCGCCGCACCCGCACCUCAUGACCUACAAGUCCGACCCCGGCACGUCGGGAGCUGAGAGCGAGAGUGAGACGAACGCGGAAAGCAACAACCCCUCAGCCAUCAGCGCUCACCAUCAGUUGCAGAAGAGUCCGUCCCCGCAGACGAGCAGCGACAGCCGCGUGGUGCUGGCGCCGGGCGCGGCGCGCGACGAGCUGCCGCCGCUGGCGCGCUCCAAGCGCUCCAACACCAUCUCCGUCAUGAGCCCCACGCGCCGCAGGCUUCCCCCAAGGGAGCUGCGCGGCGCGGGCGCGGCGCCGGCGGGCGGCGUGUCGCCGUCCUUCGUGUUCCUGCAGCUGUACCACAACAUGAGCACGUUCCCCAUCUCGCCGUCCGUGCCAGGCGAGGCGCCGGCGCCGCCCAGCGCGCUGAGCGAGCGGCCGCUCAAGGUGUCGGGCGAGCACCACGAGCGCACCAUCAAGAACCUCGACCUGGUGCCGCCCGUCGAGACCUACAAGGUGGGAGUCCUGUACGUGGGCCCGGGGCAGCAAGACGACGAAGUCGCUAUUUUAAAAAACGAGUACGGCAGCGUUAGGUACAUGGAUUUCUUGAGGUUAUUAGGAACGCUGGUGCCCUUAGAAGGUGCGGAGGAGCCCAACCUUUUCCUUAACCUAGAAAAGGGUGGCAAAGAUGGCCGGUACACGUACGUGUGGAACGACGACAUCAUGCAGGUGCUGUUCCACGUGGCCACGGCCAUGCCCAGCUCGGCGCGCGACCCGCACUGCAACGAGAAGCGCAAGUACAUCGGCAACGACUUCGUGUCCAUCGUGUACAACGACUCCGGCCACGACUUCAACAUCCUCACCAUCAAGGGCCACUUCAACCUGUGCAUCGUGGUGGUGGAGCCGCUGGAGCACGGCAUGAACCGCAUCACGCUCAAGAGCAAGGACGAGCGCCUGCGCAGCAAGUUCCUGGCGCACGUGGAGCCGCACUGCGUGUCCGACCCCAGCGCGCCGCUGCUGGCGCGCCAACACGCGCUGCACGCCGCGCUGGCGUCGCAGAUCUCGCUCUCGCUGAAGCCGGGCAGCGAGGCGUACGCGUCCAACUCGCUGGAGCGCCUGCGCCUCAUCAAGCGCCUGCGCGCGCGCGCCGAGGCGGAGCGCCAGGCCGCCGCCGCGCGCGCGCCCGCGCCCUACGCCGCCGCGCCCGAGCGCCGCCGCCGCGUCGCCAUCGACGACUUCAACGACUACACCUAGGCGCCCGCCGGCUCGGGCCCGGGGACGACUGGCCGCGACGCCGCGACGACGCGUAGCGGAUUCUUGGAUACGAACUUGAUGCACAUACGAAACGAACUUUUUUAUUUGCACAUUUAUAUGUCAUCUUCCCCAUGUUUGUUUUCUCGUGGCUUCACGUAGCCUAGGUUGAAGGACGUUCGUUACGAUGUUCUAUUCCCCUCUAGAGAACAGACCCUCUCGAGUUGAUCUACCAGAAGCCCAUCGAUCUCUCCUGCAAUUCACUCCGGAAGUGAUGAUGACCGUUAUGCCUAAUCUGCUAUACUCCGCAAAAAGCAGGACAGUCUGUACGGUUGUUCAUUCUAAAGUCCUCGGGAUGCUCCGGUAUCCAAUCGAAACGUGCGUAUUGCGGUAGAUCUGUCUGGUGUGGAGUCCAUAGAUUUAUAAAUAACACCGUACACAUUCUCCUCUGUUUCGCUGAGUGUAGCAAAUUAAGUCUAAUGCUCAUUGCAUAGGUACUUUAAACUGAGUACGCUUUCGUAGGCAUUGCUAAUUCCAACCCAGUGUUUGCCUGCGGGUCACCGUGUCAAAUUGAAGUUCUUCAAAUCCAAAAUAUCCAAAGCUCUGCAGCUAUGGUAUAUAUAACAUGAGGUUCUAUUUUAGGUGCGAUCAAACUAAAUAGAAAGUCAUUACUCUCCAUAUUUUUGAAAAAUAAGCCUUUAUAAACUCAGUAAUUUUUCACCUCAAGAAACCGCCAAAAGUUCUGGAUUUGAAUUUUAUUGGCAGCGGUCAACAUCAUAAAGUUCAAAACUUGUUAUUUUACUACUGAAAAGCUUUCAUGAUUUAUGAUGAUGAGCUUUGUUUUAUGAGCAAUUUAAUAAUUUCAGUAUAAAAAGUUAAUAACACACACACAGUAUAAAUCUAGUCAAGAGAUAUGUUGUAUUUGUUGAAUAUAUUUAGAAAAAAAUGUUGUCUACCCUCAAUGGGCUUAGUAACUGAACUGCGAUUCUCAAAUCGCCUUCAUACGCGAACUCAGUGAAAACUCGCCAUUCGUAAAUACCAGACACCAUUCGUGUUGAGUUAAAUCAAAUCUUAGGUCACUCAAUCAUCUGAUCGCUUCUACUCGAGUUCGGGACUAAUGCAAUCUUCUUUCAGCGAGGUUACCAGAGUUAUCAGAGUUCCAAGUGUGUGAUUUUCUACCUACGUUUAGUUAUUUUUUUACGUGGAGGUUAAAACGAUUUAAAUGGUAUCGAAGGAGCGCCAUCUAGUCUCAAUACUGGGAAACUGUACUGUCACUAGCUAGCGAUCUUUCGAUACCAUGUUAUAAAUCUUAGCUAACUUCGAUCGAAUAAGUAAACGUAGGCAGAAACUCAACACUUGACACUAUGGUAACCCUGCUGAAGACCCUAACAACACGCACUGCAAAUGCAAUAGAUCGCCUCCCAAUUGGGCUCUCAAAUAGAGCUAGUUAAAGCGAUACGACUUUCAUUUCAACUGCUGUCACGUUGUUCCAGCAAGCUAUUGUAAGUGUAUCUAUUAGCAAAUGUGUAAUGGAAGGAACUCUGCGUGUGGUAAUGCAAUAUUUUUAUUUUGCAAUGUUAAUAAUGGUUCAAAUCAUAUAACUUAUUAAAUUUCGCAAUAAGAAGUUUGUAUAUCAACGAUCACACAAAAGGAAUCUGAACGAUGGAUGCCUGUGCCAGGACACAAAUAUAUCACGUAUAACAUGAUACAGAAAUAAGAAUACGUUAUAUUUAUCACGCACAGUGAGAGUUAAAUUGCUUCUGUGAUUAAGUUUUCAAGUUACCAACCUUAACUUAAAAACUUAAAUUAUCACAGGCACUGAAUCUGCAUAUAACAUGGAAUGCGUCGCCCUAAGCGGAGCGGAGCGCAGUCAUGCGAACUAUUCCAAUAAUCUCAUAGGUCUAUUCGUGGACGUCCUUUUAAACACGAAACGAAACGCACUGCUAUUAUUGAAAUAACUUCAAAAAUGACUACUUGACCCAAUGAUGUAUUUCAACCGAGCGGAGCGAAGGCGGGUCGUACAUGAUAUCUUAAACUCGUAACUACUUUUAAAGCGUACAUUUAAUUUUUUGGUAUCAAAUGAUCCCUAGUAUUAAAGCAGCCCGCAGUCUUUAAUUCAAGAAGACCUCACAGUCUGGAUCAGAAUAAGUUUGUGUUAGAAACAUAUUUUUGCCGUAUAUCGUAGUCGUAAUAUUGUUUUCUGCGUAAACACAGUGCUUGUGUAUAUAAGCUUGAAUAAGUCAGUUCGUGCUCGUCUUCGCUCCGCUUUAGAGUACCUCGUCAGACGACACCCGUGUUAGAAUAGGCUAGUUGAAAGUUGUUCUAGCGAUACACUCCACUCGCUAUUCUAUUGAGAAAAGACACGAAAACUUAAAAAUUUUUGUAUUUUCCAUCUGAUAAUUAAUGGCCUUACUGAAUCCAACCGCUCCGCCGUCGUUUGAGCCUACGUAUCUUCUCUAUUCUGUAUUAUAGUCUUGCCCCUAGUAAGUUUUCAAGUGAACUAACGCAACUUUAAAAUUGGCGUAAAUCUAGGGUAUGGUAUGGACGACCGAACUUUAGCAUAUGGUCACUGCAAUGACAUGUUAGCUAAAUUCUAAACCCACAAUAGUAUAGAUAUUUGUAGUGUUAAAAUUAUAAAUUAGAUUGCCAACGAAAGCGUGUCACUUGUCGUUUAAUUAACUGUAAGCUUGAAAACAAGAAUCGCGUUCACUCAAAAACUUCAUCCUGUUAACUGUUGUAUUGUAUGACAGGUUGCGAACCGAUCGUCUCCACUCUUCAGCGGCAGUUGUACAACGUCGUAAGUUUUUAUCGAGAGGACAGUCCACCGGUUGGCAACUGCAAAAAGUUACGCGAUACGGUGGCUGAGCGGUGCCGCUUCAGUGAUCACAAUAAUAUAUAAUAAGAUAAUAUAGUUAAGCGACACAAAACUAUGUUUUACAUGAUCCACUUGUAAUAUUUUCUACCUUUUGUGAGAUGUGAUAAUAGUGUAGCAAUUAAACAAAUAAUGGUAUCUAAACUUAACAUGGUAAUAUAAUAUACACAGCGGGAAAAUUUUCUACUAUGCUUCGCUUACAAGAUAAGGUUGUCACGUGUAUGUUUUUGAUGUUCAGUCGUUGCGAGGAGCGGCUCUAGUGAGUAAGAGUGGUUCUACUACCGCCGGGCGACCCACUUGGGCUUGAAAAAUAUAUAGAACUCUCACAGCUCCGCCCGCGGCUAAUAUGACUCUGGGGUUUAGGAUGUAUUGAACUCUUAAACCAAGUAGAUAACUUUUGCUAAAACUGAUGCCAUCCUUUUCCGCAGGAAGCAUUGGUAGGUACUUCUUGAGCGCAAACCGUUCGUUAAAUUGAUAUUGGGCGAUCCGAUAUUGGGCUAAAAACCUGGAUAUUUGGAAACGUUUCUCAAUUUAUAGCUCAUACACCGAGUGAUGCAUUAAAGCAGCGCCCUCGCCGACGCAGUAUGUAGAUAGACUCGACCAAGUGAUCUGGAGCUUGUAUUGCACUGGCAACUAAUUACGUUAAUGAAGUGAAUGUUAUAUGGAGUUAUAGUUUACGGUUAAUUCAUGUUUUCUAUUAUGUCGGAGUUGUCUGUGGCUUGUUGGUAAGGCUGGGCGAAUGCCCGGCGGCACAGCGUAAUGCGUCCAUUCUGCCGCUUUAGUACAGAACCGGCAAUGCCGGGAGUCUCGCAGAAAUAACGCGUCAUCCCUUAUUUGUGCAGAGUCGAGUUUACAAGUACCACAGCUCGGUGCGAGAUCACUGGCGAUGUUCGUCUUAGGGCAAAACGCGCACCUUUAAGCCAUCUCCAAUCAUAACACUUGUGACGUCACAAUUCACACUUAAAUGUGACGUCACAACGCGCGUGCCGGCAUUCGCCUAGCCUUGUUAUAAUAAUUGUGUAUAAGUUCGGAUGUUUGUUAGCGGCCCAUCCGGCCGGGGCGUGCGCACACACCGCGUAUCGCGCAGUCAGGAGCGUGUCACGAGCGGGCGCGGCUGCCCCGCGCCCGCUCAGGCCGCGCCACAUCCCUCCGGUUGAGGCAUUUCGUGUUAAAAUAUUAUAUGUAGCAAUUUAUUUCCUGACGAAAGAUUUUGUAAUCGAAUAAAUGAUGGCUAUUUU